AUGCGAGUGAAGGGACAGGAGAUGAGGCCUUACAUGUUUGCCGAGGAGCCAAUACAGGUGCAUGCCAAGUCGUAUGUCAUGGGCACGACCGUGCUGGCGAUAAAGUACAAAGACGGGAUUAUGGUGGCUUCAGACACGCAGCUUUCGUAUGGGUCGUACUGCAAGUACAAAAACAUCGAAAGAGUUGGGGUUGUGUCAAAGAACACGUUCCUAGGCAGCUCUGGGGAGUACAGCAACUUCCAGGAGAUGCUCAAGAUGCUCAGAAUAAAAAUGAACCCGCCAGGCGACAAAGAGCCGUAUCUUGGGCCAAGAGAGUGCUUUGAGAUUGUAAAGAACCACAUGUACAAAAAAAGAUGCGAGGGAAUCCCCGAGCUCAACACGCAUGUAAUUGCAGGAAUGGAAGACGCGCCAAAGUCAGAAACUCUCCCGUACGAAUACGAUCCAUCUGGCAAGUUUCUCGGAGUGGUUGAUCAUCUAGGAAACUUCUACUACGAUAGCAUUGUGGGGACGGGAAUAGGUGCGUACUUGGCAGUCCCCAUACUCAGAGCAAAGAUAGGGAGCAACACCGAUCUGCCGGAAGAAGAAGCCCACAAAAUACUGACCGAUGCAAUGAGCACGCUGUUCUACCGAGACACGAGAGCAUCAGACACGAUCCAAGUGUCAAAAAUAACAAAAAACGAGAUAACCGUGUCAAAACCGUUCACGCUAAAGACAUCCUGGGAAAUUGCAAACAUUCUAUAA